AUGGGCUAUAACGUGAAGACCCAAUUAAUCACUUGGAUGAGUUUGAUAGGUUGUGUGAACAUCAAUGUUGUCUCUGAAGAUGCCAUCAAGCUGAGACUCUUCCCUAUGUCUCUUGCUCACAAGGCUCACCAAUGGGAGAAGAGCCUGCCCCAUGGCACAAUCACCACUUGGGAUGAAUGUAAGAAGGCGUUUCUUGCUAAGUUUUUCUCAACCGGUCACACCGCCAAGCUAAGGAGCGAGAUAUCAGGCUUCAUUCAGAGGAACAAUGAGACUUUUGCUGAAGCUCGGGAAAGAUUCAAGGGCUAA